AUGUUAAUCACGUCAUUAUCUAUCUAUCGAUCUAUCUCAAUCACGUCAUUAUCAUAUCUAUCUAUCUAUCUAUCUAUCUAUCUAUCUAUCUAUCUCAAUCAUGCCAUUAUCUAUCUAUGCGGCACUCGAACGAUUGGCGCCAUCUUUACAAGACAAAAGCUGCUAAUACGACGCCAUGUUACAUUAAAUACUUUUCUACUUCCAUUCUUCUUACACUUUUUUAUGAAUAUUUUCACCCAAUCAUUCAAUCUAUCUAUCUAUCUAUCACAUCCUUUUCAUAUCUGCCUAUCUCAUCCAUUUGCUAUCUAUCUAUCUAUCUAUCUAUCUAUCUAUCUAUCUAUCUAUCUCAUUCUUGUUAUACCUAUGUCGGUCAGUUUGCUUCUUUCUUUCUGUCCUUCUUUCUUUCUUUCUUUCCUUCCUUCUCUCCUUCUUUAUUUCUAUCUAUCUAUCUAUCUAUCUAUCUAUCUAUCUAUCUAUCUAUCACAUCCUUUUUAUCUCCCUAUCUCAUCCUUUUUCUAUCUAUCUAUCUAUCUAUCUAUCUAUCUAUCUAUCUAUCUAUCUAUCUAUCUCUUCCUUUUUGUAUCUAUCUAUCUCCUUCUAGUUAUACCUAUGUCGGUCAGUUUGCGUCUAUCUAUCUAUCUAUCUAUCUAUCUCUUCCUUUGUCUAUCUAUCUAUCACAUCCUUUUUAUAUCUCCCUAUCUCAUCCUUUUUCUAUCUAUCUAUCUAUCUAUCUAUCUAUCUAUCUAUCUAUCUAUCUAUCUAUUUUCGUCUCUUUAUUAUCUAUCUCAUCUUAGCCAUAUCUGUGCCAAUCACAUUUCUUCUUACUUUUUCUUUCUAUCUAUCUAUCUAUCUAUCUAUCUAUCUAUCUAUCUAUCUAUCUAUCGAUCGAUCGAUCGAUCUUUCUUUAGAAAAUCUCUCUUAUAUCCGGGUCUCUUAUAUCCGGGUCUCUUAUAUCCGGGUCUCUUAUAUCCGGGUCUCUUAUAUCCGGGUCUCUUAUAUCCGGGUUACACGGUAUAUCAUUUUUCCAAUCUAUCUAUCUAUCUAUCUAUCUAUCUAUCUAUCUAUCUGUCACAGUCUGUUGUUAUAUAUCUAUCUAUCUAUCUAUCUCUACGUCGCUAG